AUGCGACGCCCCGACCGCGAUAUUUUCCCGAGCUGUUGGUUUCAAUUCAAUGUCUCGUUUUCUCGACCCAUCUCUCUCUGUUCCUCUUUUGUUGGGAAUUUUCUUUUUUCUUUUUAGUUUUUCCAAUUGUUUUCCUUGCUUGGUUUACAAGACUAUUUUAUUAUUCCAAAAUUUGAUUCCAAGAUCCCAUAUUCUUCAAUGAGAAGCUCUCUCCUCGCUCCUUUCUGCUUCCAUAAAACGCCAUUUCCUUGUAUAUCUCUUUUCCCUCUUCUUUCUGUUUUUCUACUUUACUCCACCACCUUGGCUUCCAUAAAUGUAUUUUUUCACUGAGAAAAUGCAGCGUUUGAAGCUGGGGUUUCCUGACUACAUCCAGGCAUUGGAAGAAGAACGCCGUAAGAUUCAGGUCUUCUGCAAAGAGCUUCCUCUUUCCUUCGAGCUAGUUACUCAAGCAAUUGAAGCUUGCAGACAACAGUUGUCUGGCACCACUAGCGAGUAUAAUUUGAAUGGUCAAUCGGAGUGUUCGGAGCGGACAACAUCAUCGGAGGGACCAGUCUUGGAGGAGUUCAUUCCGAUCAAGAAAAGGGCAUCAUCAUCCCCCUGUUGCGAUGAAGAUGACGAAGACUAUGAACAGCAUUCUCUCAGGCAAACGGUUUUAAAUGAGAAUAAUAAUAACAGUGAUAAGAGGAAAUCCGACUGGCUCAGAUCUGUUCAGCUGUGGAAUCCAGAUCCCCCAGCUGAGGAGGAUGCGACUAAGAAAGUUCCUGGGAUGGAAUUGAAGAGAAGUGGGAGUGGUGGUGGUGCUUUCCAGCCAUUCCACAGGGAAGAAAGAGCUACAAAGGAAACUGAAACAUUGUAUAAAGCACCCUCUUCAACUCGGGUACCUGCUGCGAGUUCUAGCGCCGGAGAACUCACCCCAGAAAAAAAUCAGAAUGAGGGACAGAGAAAGCAGCGCAGAUGCUGGUCUCAGGACUUACACAAGCGCUUCUUGCAUGCCCUUCAGCAGCUUGGGGGUGCAGAUUCUGCCACACCAAAACAAAUCCGAGAGCUAAUGAAUGUUGAUGGACUCACAAAUGAUGAAGUGAAAAGCCAUUUACAGAAAUACCGUUUGCACACCAGAAGGCCAAGUCCCUUGGUUCACAACAAUUCCAGUCCACAAGCAGCGCCUUUUGUCCUUGUAGGGAACAUUUUUGUUCAGUCACCAGAAUAUGCUGCUGUAGCUACCUCAACAGCAUCAAGAGAAGUGACCACAGUUACAGCACCUGCUGGAGUUUAUGCACCAGUGGCCACACAUCCUAAGCCUGUUUCACAACCAUCAGCCGAUUCAAUUAAGAAGCCACAGUUUAAGAAAUUUAAGCAUUCUGAACAUUCAAAUUCAAAUGAAAGGGGUCAUCACAGUGAAGGAGCCGUUCAUUCAAAUUCCCCUACCUCAUCCUCCUCUACACACACCUCUGCUUCCCCUGGUUAUUAAGUUUAAAAUGUUGCACAAGUUUUGUUACCAAAUUGCUGUAGAAAGUCCUUUGAUAUUUCCUUCUGACGUUUUUUUUGUACUAAAAUUAUCUUUACUCCUGUUAUAUGGGAUUUAAAUCAGAGGUAAAAUACACAGUGACAGUUUUGAUGUU